AUGUCAGAAAGCGCCACAUACUUGAUCACUGGAGCGGGUCGCGGCCUCGGUCGCGGCCUCGCCGAGGCGCUCCUCCAACGGCCCAACACCACAGUCAUUGCCGCAACGCGCUCUCAAGACCAGGCCUCCGAUUUGCUCAGCUUUCGCACCCACUCCGGAAGCAGACUAAUCACCAUCACAAUCGACAGCCGUUCCCCGAAGGACGCCUCGCUUGCGAUUGAGAAACUGGUCCACGAUCAUGGAGUGGAUACGAUCGACGUGGUAAUCGCCAACGCGGGCAUCAGCAAGGCCCCUACCCCGGCUGCGGAGACACCAAUUGAAGACGUCCUCGACUGCUUCACUGUAAACGCCGUUGCGCCCUUGCUUCUAUUCCAGGCUACGUGGCGCCUCUUAGCGAGAUCGUCGACACCAAAGUUUGUCGUGAUCUCGAGUAUUGCCGGGAGUUUGGGCGAGGUCCCUCGGUAUGCCUCGCCCUGCGCGGCCUACGGCUCCUCCAAGGCCGCGGUCAACUUCAUGGUCCGCAGGAUUGGGAGAGAGAACGAAAGUCUAAUCGCCCUUGCUCUGCACCCAGGGUGGAUGCAAACGGAGAUGGGCAACGCUGCUGCGGUCAGGUUCGGAAAAAAGGAGGCCCCUGUCUCUGUCGCUGAGGCGACGGACUCCAUUCUCACUGAGAUUGACCAAGCGACCCGGGAGACUGCAGCUGCAUUCCGCACCUAUGAUCACAAGGAGCUUCCGUGGUGA